AUGUCAUUCCACGAGUCCUGCGAGCUUAUUCGGGUUGAAGUCCGCGAUGAUGGUACAUGGCUUCUUGCCGCCGCUGGAAAUGGCAACGACGAAAACGUUCCAGCUGAGCUGAGACUUGACGACCAUAUCGGCAACUCGGAUGGUUACUUUACUUGGGAAGGUGAACGGUUCACCGAGUCCGCCGAGAAUAUCGAUUUGACUUUCCGCGAUGAUGGUGUUUGGUUGGAGGCAGAUCUACCGGAGUUUGAUGGCGGGGAGAGAGGUCGCCAGGGGAUCAACUUGUCCGAACAUAUCGAGAACCAGGGCGGUGAGCUUGUGUUUGUUGGAUUUUGA